AUGCCAGCUAAUGGGAAAUCACCCCAGAGGUUCCCAGCUGUGAUUCCAGGAGAACCUGGCAGAUCAACUGAGGCUUCUGUGUCCUUUGAAGAUGUGGCUGUGGAUUUCACCAGACAGGAGUGGCACAGACUGGAUCCUGCUCAGAGGACCAUGCACAGGGAUGUGAUGCUGGACACCUACAGCAACCUGGCAUCUGUGGGCCUCUGCAUGGCCAAACCAGAGAUGAUCUUCAAGUUGGAGCGAGGAGAAGAGCUGUGGAUAAUAGAAGAGGAGUCCUCAGGUCAUGGUUAUCCAGGAUCUCUCUUGUGGCUAUGUGGCAACAGUUCUGUCAGGGGUCAUGGCCGCAGGCAUGACAGCAGCCUUCUGCAGCCUAAGAGGAUUCAAACUUUGGAUCAAAAAAUUGAAUACAAUGGAUGUGGGCGAGGCUUUCAUGAGGAGGCAGGCUUUGCUGGCCAUAAAAGAACACACACGGGAGAAAAAAACUUUGAAUGUCCUGAAUGUGGGAAAGCGUACUGCAGGAAAUCAAACCUUGUUGAACAUCUGAGACGACACACAGGGGAGAGACCCUAUGAGUGUGGUGAGUGCGCGAAAACCUUCAGUGCGAGAUCCUACCUCAUUGCCCGUCGGAAAACUCACACCGGGGAGAAGCCCUUUGGAUGUAACGAGUGUGGGAAAUCUUUUGGCAGGAAGUUGCAACUCAUUCUGCACCGCAGAACACACCCUGGAGAGAGACCCUGUGAGUGUACUGCGUGCGGGAAAUGCCUUGAGAAGGCCACCCUGACGAUUCACCAGAGAACCCACACUGGGGAGAAACCCUACAAAUGUGGGGACUGUGGGAAGGCAUUUCGGGUGAAGAUAUCCCUUACCCAACACCAGAGAACCCACACAGGGGAGAAACCCUAUGCAUGUGGGGACUGUGGGAAAUCCUUCCGAAUGAAGAUGAUGCUCAGUAAUCAUCAGAGAACGCACACAGGUGAGAAGCCCUAUCGGUGUCACGAGUGUGGGAAGGCUUUCCGGGUGCACUCCUCUCUGGGGAUCCACCGGCGAAUUCACACAGGAGAGAAGCCUUACGAGUGCAGCGAGUGUGGUAAUGCCUUCUACGUGAAAGCACGCCUCGUUGAACACAAGAGAAUGCAUUCGGGAGAGAAACCGUAUGAGUGUAGUGAGUGUGGGAAAAUCUUCAGUAUGAAGAAAUCCCUUUGUCAACACUAGAGGACUCACACAGGAGAGAAACCUUACGAAUGUGGGGAAUGUGGCAAUGCUUUCUAUGUGAAAGUACGCCUCAUUGAGCAUCAGCGAAUUCACACAGGAGAGAGACCCUUUGAAUGUCAAGAAUGUGGGAAGGCUUUCUGCUGGAUGGCACACCUCACGGAACAUCACAGAACUCGCAUAGGUCAGUCCAGGCCUUGUGCCAUGGAGAAAACCUCUCCCUAAACUCUCCCUUCCCCAGUGGAUCGAGUGUCUUGGGGGAUCUGGUCACCAGGGCACCUGUAUUCCUGUGGCAUGUCC